ACAUUCCUCCGGGAAUGGUUCCCCCCUUCCACCUCCACAGCCAUUCCCUCCCCCUUCCCUCCGCUGCAUGACCGUCUCUCCCUCAACACCUCAACGCAGAGCUCCGGAGACGCUGUCAGAGAGACCAGGAUCCAAACACAGGCCUUGAGAAAUGUGGCUCUUGUACCUCCUGGUGCCACUCCUGUUCUUCAGGGCGGGAGACUCCAGCCCCAUCUCUCAGAAGCUCUUUGGAGAGGUGACCUCCCCUCUGUACCCCAAGCCUUACCCCAACAACUUUGAGACAACCACUGUGAUCACAGUCCCCCAGGGAUAUGGGGUGAAGCUCAUCUUCUGGCAGUUUGAUCUGGAGCCUUCUGAAGGCUGUUUGUACGACUAUGUUAAGAUCUCUGCAGACAAGAAAAACCUAGGGAGGUUCUGUGGGCAACUGGGUGCCCCACUGGGCAACCCCCCUGGAAGGAAGGAGUUUGUAUCCCAAGGCAACAAGAUGCUGCUGACAUUCCACACAGAUUUCUCCAACGAGGAAAACGGGACCACUAUGUUCUACAAGGGCUUCCUGGCGUAUUAUCAAGCUGUGGAUUUCAACGAAUGUGCUUCCCAGGGCAGCUCCGUCCAAGACGAUCCCAAGCCCCGGUGCCAGCACCUGUGUCACAACUACGUUGGCGGCUACUUCUGUUCCUGCCAUACAGGCUACGAGCUUCAGGCGGACGGACACUCCUGCCGGGCCGAGUGCAGCAACGAGCUGUUCACAGAGCCAUCAGGCUACGUGUCCAGCCUGGAGUACCCCCGGCCCUACCCCCCGGACCUGCGCUGCAAUUACAGCAUCCGGGUGGAGCGGGGCUUCACCAUCCACCUCAAGUUCCUGGAGCCCUUUGAAAUUGAUGACCACCAGCAAGUACACUGCCCCUACGAUCAACUGCAGAUUUAUGCCAAGGGGAAGAACCUUGGAGAGUUCUGUGGGAAGCAGAGGCCCUCUCUCCUUGACACCAAGAGCAAUGCUGUAGAUCUGCUGUUUUUCACAGACGACUCUGGAGAUAGCCGGGGCUGGAAGUUGCACUACACCACUGAAGUCAUCAAGUGUCCCCAGCCCAAGACACUCGACCAGUUCACCCUCAUCCAGGACCUGCAGCCUCAGUAUCAGUUCCGUGACUACUUCAUUGCCACCUGCAAGCAGGGCUACCAGCUCGUGGAGGGGAAGCAGGCGCUGCUCUCCUUCACAGCUGUCUGCCAGGAUGAUGGCACAUGGCAUCGUGCCAUGCCCAGGUGCACGAUCAAAGACUGCGGGCAGCCCCGGAGCCUGCCUAAUGGGGCCUUCAAUUACAUCACCACAAAGGGCGUGAAUACCUACCAGGCCCGUAUCCAGUACGACUGCCAUAAGCCAUAUUACAAGAUGCAGACCAGAGCUGACAGCAGUGUGUCCACGCGAGGGGUAUAUACCUGCACAGCCCAGGGCAUUUGGAAGAACGAGCAGGAAGGAGAGAAGAUUCCUCGAUGUUUACCAGUGUGUGGGAAACCAGUCCACCCCGUGGAGCAGAAGCAGCGCAUUAUUGGAGGGCAAAAAGCCAAGAUGGGCAACUUCCCCUGGCAAGCAUUCACCGUCAUCUAUGGGCGAGGAGGGGGGGCCCUGCUGGGUGACCGCUGGAUCCUCACAGCUGCCCACACCCUCUACCCCAAGGAACAAAGCAUACAAAGCAAUGCCAGCAGGGAUAUAUUCCUGGGCCACACAGAGGUGGAGGAGAUCAUGAAACUAGGAAACCACCCCGUCCGCAGGGUCAGCAUCCACCCAGACUACCGUCAGGAUGAGUCCCACAAUUUUGAUGGGGACAUUGCCCUGCUGGAGCUGGAAAAUAGUGUCCCCCUGGGCCCCAACCUCCUCCCCAUCUGCCUGCCUGACAAUGAGACCCUUUAUGACAAGGGCCUCAUGGGCUACGUCAGUGGCUUUGGGAUAACAUCAGAGAAGCUCACAUCUGACCUCAGGUUUGUCCGUCUGCCCGUAGCUAAGCGAGAGGUCUGUGAGAGGUGGCUCCGGGGAAAGAAAAGGGAUGACGUGUUUUCUGAAAACAUGUUCUGUGCUGGGGACCCAACUCUAAAGCAGGAUGCCUGCCAGGGGGACAGCGGAGGGGUCUUUGCAGUGCGGGAUGAGGACAACGAUCGCUGGGUGGCCACAGGAAUUGUGUCCUGGGGUAUUGGGUGCAGCUGGGGGUAUGGAUUCUACACCAAAGUAAUCAACUAUGUGGACUGGAUCAAGAAGGAGAUGGAGGGGGAGGGCUGAGCCCAGAAAUCACUAGGUUACAAUCCAGAGAGCAGCGUGUAACAAAAAUUAUCUGACCAGUUGUUGAUCACCACUAAGAGUCCAUAUUAAAAUCACUGAUGCAGAAAUA